UAAGAAACAGAAGACAAAACACAUAAUCGGAUCAAAAUCUUACUCGCAAGUUAGUUUUGAGAAGAGAAACUUGGAAACUGGAGAAGAGCCAGAUUGUAUUGCUCUGUGGGAACUCACCCAAACGAACGAUGGAACAUGGUCUAACACAGAUUCCCAGAAAGUUUACGACAAAGCACUUCAAGAGGUUAAAAUCAAAGAAACUGAAACUGAAGGUCCACUUUCAAGUGAGCAGAAAAACAAUAUUUUCCAGACCGCUUACAAAGACACUCUGGAAUGCAAGUCAUCGCAGCCUCGUGGGUACGGAUACAUGGCCAAAACUUCAACUGGUUCUGAAAGGUUUCGUAUCCAGAUCGAAGAGCAAGCUCGUGCUACAGCAGCCACCCAGGAGCGAAACUCUCAGCUCAGCCAGCAGGUCAACGAAUUAGAAGAUCAACUACAAGCUGAACGUGCAAACACACAAGAGAGGAUUAACUUGGAGCGUGCUGAGAGAGAACAACUUGAGGAGAGGUUAAAAGAAGAGUGUGCUGAAAGGGAAAGAUUGUUGCAAGAGGAGCGAACAUCAAGACUGGAAUUUGAAAGAAACAUGAUGGCAAAGUUUAUAGAAUUGAGCCAACAGAUGGGAACCCAACAGGUGCCUACGAAGAGGGUUGACAAAGAAAAUAGUAAUCCAAACUUGCAAAAUAUUCUUUUACAGAGAUCUAGUCCUAAUAAGACUCCAGGUUCAAGGCCAACUGCUAUUUCUUCAAAUGCGCUCAUACAAGCUGCAGCAAGGCAUUCUCGAAUGUUUAAAGCAAUGGAUCCAAAGAACUAGCUGGAUUGGACUCUAGAUCACGGGCAGUUUAGUCUUCGAAGUUAAUUAGGAUGGCUAAAUUACAUUUGAGUUUUAUUUGAUGGAUAUUUGCUACGAGAAUUAUGAAUUUUAUGAAUCUGCAUAUUAUACGUAUGGUUUUGAA